AUGAUCACGACUGUUAGUAUAGUGAUUAUAAUGAUCAAGCAAAUAAAUACAAUGCCUACAAUUAAUAAUGGACCGUAUUUCGUUUUUAGGAUUGAUACACUUUCAACAUCGACUGAAGUUCUUGUUGGAAAGGCUGUUUUUGAUGGAGCUGGAGUUUCAUCUCCUACAAUUGGUGGCGGUGUCGACAUGAUAUUAAAAAAUUUGUUGUUAUAA